AUGGUAUACGUGCAUGCUUUGAAUGAGGAACAGCAACAGUAAGAUUUUUUUUUUUAAUUUUGGACUGGAAACAAAGUUCUUGCCAUUUUUUAAAGAAAGUUUUUGUCAGUUUUUGUUUUGUAAAGAAAGUUCUUGCCAUAUUUUGUUUUAUAAAGAAAGUGCUUGCAAUUUUUUUUGAUAUAAAAGUUUAUCCUAGAAUGUCACUAUGACGUAUUUUACAGGACAUUUGAAGCCCUAGUCCGGUACUUUGAUCAUGAUUUGUCCAAAUAUCUACCGCUCAGCUUUCUACUCGGGUUUUUCGUUUCACAGGUGGUCGGCCGAUGGAAUCACAUUACCGAAGGCAUCGGGUGGAUUGACAAGUAUGUUUUGACAUGAUUCUUUGACAUUGGAACAACAAAAAAUUAAAAUAAAUUAAAUUUUUAAAUUUUUAAAUUUUUUAAAAAUUUUUUAAAUUUUGAAAAAAAUUACCGUUUUUUGGUACAUACGAAAAUAUGGAACCAAUAUUAUUAUAAUAAAGUAAGGGCUGUACAAACAAGGUGGGGUUUUUUAAAAAGUAGGCACUAUUUCUAAGAACCUGGGACCAUUUCUAAGAAUGUGAGACGGACCGAUUUCACAGAGGAAAAAGCCUAUUCUAAGAUAAUGGGUCUAUUUUUAAGAAUAUGAGACCAUUUCUAACAAGAUAUAAGUAAGCAACACCAUUUUGAAAUAUAGGACCGAUUCACAAAUUUUUAAUGUAAAAUACGAAAAAAGACAACAAGUUUUACUUAAUACGUAAUUUCAGUUCAGCAAUAAACUUUGCCAACUUCAUUCACGGCAAAGACGAAGAUACGAGGCUACAACGUCGUUCUCUCGUACGGUACAUGGUACUGAAUCAAGCACUAGUACUGCGUGACAUAAGUAUGCAAGUACGAAAACGAUUUCCAACUUUAGAAUCGUUAAUUGCCGCAGGGCUUUUAACAACAGCAGAGAAAGAAGAGUUGGAAAAUGAAGAAGAUAUCUACACACGAUACUGGAUUCCGUUACACUGGUGCUACUGUAUUCUACAAAAGGCGAGGAAUGAGAAGAAAAUUGAGAGUGAUCAUUUACUGGUUUUUAUUGUUGAGGUGAGUUAUAAAAUGGCCAAAGAAUUUAUUUUACAAUUUAUGGUAGGGUAUGGGUUAGUGAUACCGUAAGUAGUAGAGACAGGAGGUAGACAUAGGGCAGGGAAGGGUAGGGCAUACUUUUGAGAUACUGUAAGGAGUAGAGAUUGAAGGUACGAUAAGGUAGGUGAAAGGGCGGGCUCUUUUAGUCUCUGAGUACACCCCCCCCCCUUGUGCCCCCCUCUUGCGCACGGCUUUGGUAGGUCAUACUAAUAAUAUUACUGUAGUUCCAGAAGGUAGAGCUUGGGAUAGGGUAAAGUAAGGUAUAGGAGAAGGGCGAGGGCAGGGAAAAGGUAGGGUAUGGUCAAGGGUAGGCAAGGGUAAGAAAAAGGUAGGGCAUAAGCAUGGGUAAGCCAAAUGUAGGGUAGGGUAGGGUAGGGUAGGGUAGGGUAGGGUAGGGUAGGGUAGGGUAGGGUAGGGUAGGGUAGGGUAGGGUAGGGUAGUGUAGGGUAGGGUAGAGUAGGGUAGGGAAGGGUAUGUGAAAAUAAUCUUUAAUCAAAAAAAUCUUAUUUUAGGACAUUCAACACUUCAGGGAAGGUCUAAGUAAAUUAUUGAAGUUUGACUGGAUUCCAAUUCCGCUGGUCUACCCACAAGUUGUCUUUCUGGCUGUUCGAAUUUACUUUGCCAUUUGCUUGAUCAGCCGACAAUAUAUCAAAGGAAAAGAAACUGUAAGUCACUUUUACUGUAAAGAAAGUUGUUGCCAUUUCUUGCCUUGUAAACAAAGUUUUUUCAGAUAGACAUAUACAUACCUCUAAAGACAAUGAUCGAAUUCUUUGUCUACAUGGGAUGGAUGAAGGUAGCCGAAGCCCUUCUGAAUCCUCUCGGUGAAGACGACGACGAUCUAGAAGUGAACUCCAUGUUGGACAAGAACCUCAUAACCGGAAUGGCACUGGUCGAUAAAGGCCAACGCUUUGCCCCGCCCCUGGUCAAGGAUAAGUACUGGUCGCAUGAGAGAAUUGACCCACUUUAUUCACUUUCGGCCGCCAAACGAAGUGUCCACCCCUUGACUGGAUCGGCCGCUAAUGUCAAUCUAGUCAAGGAUGUUCAGAACAUUACUAUGAUACCACACAAAAGCAGGUUGAGUCAAAUGGAUGAAACAACACGACAAAAACAUAUUAAAGUAGUUAGUGUCGAGGAGCACAAUCAACAACAUAAGCAGAAGGAACAGCGAAGGAAGGACGCUGAUCCUGAUGAUGCCCUGGCUCAAAUGCGACGGAGGUCACGGUAAGGAACGAUGAUUAUUAGUUGAGUUGGACGUGGAUUUUGUUUAAUUUUCUUGUAAAAUACGUUUUUUAAGGCUUUUUUCUUAAAAGACUAUUUAAAAGUCGUAAAAUUAAAUUUUUUAAAGAAUUGACGAAAUGUCACAAAAACUAUUGGAAAAAUUAAAUGUUUUAAAAUGUAAAAGAAAGUUUUUGUGACUAAUAGAUUCUAAAAAUAUAAUUGUUUUCAGUUUUUUUGCUUUUUAACUUGAAUUUAAAAAAUUUGACGAAAUGUCACAUAAAUUAUUGGAAAAACUGCUUCAGUAAUGAAAAAAAAACGCUUUUUGAAACUUGUUAAAGGCUUAAAGUAUUCUAUUUUUGAUUUUUUUGCGUUAUAAUAAGAAAUUUAAAAAACGUCACGAAAUGUCACAAAAAUUAUUGGAAAAAUGAAAUGUGGAAAAUUUUAAAAUACUUUGUCUUAAAAGAAGAAAAAAUUUUUGUUGUAGCUGGUGGAUGCCAACAAUGAUACAAUUUACAUUGUAUAACAAAGUUUAACGUAAUGAACAAAAUGUCACAAAAUUUAUUGGAAAAAUAAAAUUCAAAAAAAGCUUAAAAACUUAUUUUAUAUAAUUUACAUUGGGGCUGUUAAUGAAAUUUAAGUUUUGUUGGCAUAUCAAACGAAAUGCCACAAAUAUUAUUGGAAAAAUCAAAAAUAUUUUAAAUUUAAAUUUAUUUUAAAAAAUUCGGAAUUUUUGUAGAGUUUUGGAUCUUUUUGAACAAAACACAUCCAAUUUUUUGAAUGUACCCGCCUCGGCACGCAGCCUGCCCACGAACACCGAAAUGAACGGCAGGUCGCGGGCGUGGUCGAUGAGUGGUGGUAAGUGGGAGAAGGGGUGGAGUGCUGUGAAGUUUCUGGUGAGGGUUGCUGAGCUCAGCUCGUGUGUGAUGUUUAGGCUUGUUAUGGGUUUGUGUGAAAAGAAUGUGUAAUUAACCCACCCUAUUCUACCCUACCCAACCCUAUUCUACCCUACCCUACCCUACCCUACCCUACCGUACCCUACCCUACCCUACCCUACCCUACCCUACCCUACCCUACCUUACCCUACCCUACCCUACCCUACCCUACCCGACCCUACCCUACACUACCCUACCCUACUCUUACCCUACCAUAUCACUAGUCAUACCCCAGCCCAACUCGGCCCUUAACCGGGCCCUAUCCAAGCCCUACAGCAAGCAAUACUCGAGCCCUACUUUAUCUUACCUUGUCUUACUCUACUCUAAAUUACGCUCCCGUACUUUAAUCUAACUUACCCUACCUUGUCCUGCGUAACCUUGCUGUGCUCUACUCCAACUUGCCCUGCCCUACUUCAACUUAUCUUAAUUCUACUCUAUAGGAUCUACUCUACCUUAUCCUACCCUUUUACAUUUUUGGUGUGUGUGACUCUUUCUGACAAGUCUUUUUUAAAAAUUAAAAAUUUGGCCACUAAGUCCGAAGGGUUUAGUCAUUAUACAUUUUUAAAAAAGUUUGAACAAAGCUGUCAUCUGUUUAAAUAUUAUACUUAAACAUUAGUUUUGGUCUUUUUGGCUUGAAAAAAAACUGUAUGCUUGACAGACGCUUUUGUACUAAAAUGGUGUUUAAAAAUAAACAAAAGCUUUUUAAAUUAUAUUAAUCACAACGUUGUAGAUGUAGAUAGUUUUUUGAAAUUUUUUUUUAAUAAUGGGGCCAGAAUUAAGUGAACGAAGUAAUAUAAAAUUGUCCAAAUAAUUCUGAACCACCUAAACCCAAAACUUUAUUUUGAAAGGCAGCUCAGUAUUAUUUGGACAAUGUAUUUGGACAAUAUGAAUUCACAAAAAUUUUUAAAAUUUGAACUUUUCAGGGCUUCAUCGGCCAUCGGCGAACCACGCGACCUUGAACAUGGAGAGUCAGGCAUGA